UUGCCGGUGUCGGCAUCGCUCGGUAAUGUGUACCUCGUGACCGUCGCCUCGUUGCUUCAUCGAUCGCCCUGAUCAUUGGUUAAAUCGGGGCGAGUCCAAUCAGAGGGCUUUAAAGAGCAACCACGCGCGAGGACUCCGCUCAUACCGCGCGCGCACACCACCGAGGAACAUACCAUGGCGGCUGUGCUAUGAGACAUCUGGAGCCAUGGCGGCUUGGCAACGCAUAGCCGCCCUCUUUUCGCUGCUCCGGCUCGGCUUGUUGUUGUUAUUGUUGUCGCCCCGGAGCAGCGGCAUACCGCUGGACACAUGUCCCGGCGACAGGUCCUGCCAGCCCCGGAAACCCCCCGUGGUUAUCAUUCCGGGGGAUCUGGGCAACCAGUUGGAGGCGAAGCUGGACAAACCCAGCGUGGUCCAUUACAUCUGCUAUAAGAAGACUGACUCUUUCUUCACUCUGUGGCUCAACAUGGAGCUGCUGGUCCCCGUCGCCAUAGACUGCUGGGUGGACAACAUCAGGCUGAUCUACAACAAGACCACACACAGCAGCUCGUCCCCGCCGGGUGUGGACAUCCGUGUCCCGGGGUUCGGGAAGACUUAUUCGGUGGAGUAUCUGGACCCCAGCAAACGCAGUGUGGGGAUGUAUUUCUUCACUAUAGUGCAGGCGCUGGUCGAGUGGGGCUACACUAGAGACAAUGACAUCAGAGCAGCUCCCUAUGAUUGGAGGAAAGCCCCAAAUGAGAAUAAGGAGUACUUCCUGGCGCUGCAGAAGCUGAUUGAAGAGAUGGCAGAGAAUGCUGGCGAGCCCGUGGUGCUCAUCGCUCACAGCAUGGGCAACUUGUACACCUUGUACUUCCUCAACCAGCAGCCACAGGCCUGGAAAGACCGCUACAUCAAAUCCUUCAUCUCCCUGGGGCCGCCGUGGGCAGGCGUGGCCAAGACCCUCCGCGUGAUCAUCUCUGGUGACAAUAACCACAUCCCAGUGAUCAGCUCGCUGAAGAUUCGCUUCCAGCAGCGUUCAGCUAGCACCACCUCCUGGCUGCUCCCCUAUGCCCAAUUCUGGCCCAAAGAUCAGGUCUUGGUGCGGACGCCCACCACCAACUACACCGUGCUGGACUACGAGCGCCUCUACUCCGACAUCAAUUUCAAGGAAGGCUGGCUGAUGCGGCAGGACACGAUGCCGCUGGUGGCCGACCUCACGCCGCCCGGCGUGGCCGUCCACUGCAUGUACGGCAGCGGCGUCGCCACGGAGGAGGCCUUCCACUACUCGGACAAGUUCCCCGACGAGGAGCCUUUAUUGGUGCACGGCGAUGGUGACGGGACGGUGAACCUGCGGAGCGCCAUCCAGUGCAGGCGGUGGGUGGGGAAGCAGAAACAGCCUGUGACGCUGAUGGAGCUCCCCGGCAACGAACACGUGAACAUGCUGUUGAACUACACGACCGUGGCUUACAUCAAGUCCGUGCUGUUCUCCCCGUGACGCCACUGCUCAAGGACAAAGGCAGGCGGCUUUGCACACACACACACACACACACACACACACACACACACACACACACACACACACACACACACCUGCCUCUCUUAACACCGACUGCCAAAACGUUGCCCUGUUCGUCCCACAUUGCUUAGGAAAAAAUAUUGACAUUUUUGUAGAAUGAAAUUAAUUUUUAAAGACAUUUUUAUAGCUGUUUACUGUCAGGCAAGCCUGCACACAAAGUUUUAUAUCGGUCUCAGCUUUUGAACAACCUGUGAAUUUACCUACUUAAUCCCAUGAUAAAGGACGUGUGUGUGUAUGCACAAGUCCAAAAAACAGGGAUAUACUGUGUGCCACUUUCCUGAGUUAUUAAUCAAAGUCAGAUCUUUUUUUUUUUUUUUUGAUGUUGUGAAAUGAUGUUUUUGGACUAAACAGUACAGCGCAUACCGUUGUGUCUUUCUCAGUGCAACAGGUCACAUUUUACAGAAGACUUGCUUAAUUAUUUUUUAUUUCUAUUUGUAUUGUAGUAUUUGUAUGCAGUGAAGUCCCUGAUGGUCUGAGGGCUUUGUUUUAAUUGUGUUGUGCAUUUUUACAAGGGUUGUGAGUGUUUCAGAACCACACCUGAGAUAUGAAAGUUGCUUUUAGUCAUGUUGAAACCAAGCAAAGGUCAAACAAGGUGAGUUUACGCUGUUCAUCGAUGAAGACCACAGGUGCAGUUGAGAGCUCCAGGAAGAAGUUAGGCUUUGUUUCGUCAAACGCAAACAUUUUAAACCAAACGAUUUGUCAAAAAAAACCUCAAGGACCUAUUUCUAUAUUUCCCAGGGCUUUCAGCUGCUUCUCGUGGUCUUCAUCAGUGAUUGGUUGGUUCAGUCACUACUACUUUUGUACUUUGUUUUGGAAUCCAAACUAAUAAACUUUCAAUUCUGCUCCUGAA